AUGUCGUCAUCGUCUUCGCGGUCGCAAUCUGGAGAGCAACGGGUGGCCAAGUUCGAGACGUUCAUCAACGACGUGCUCAAGGACAGCCUAAGGCAGAUCUCGGCUGCUCUGGAUGUGAUCAACGACCAGAUUUCGGAACUGGAAGACGUGCGCAACACCGUGGACACAAUGAGUCGGCUGGCGGGUGAACUUCCGGCCGGAAAGCCAUUGAAGACUCGUGUCAACGUGGGGUGUGACUUCUUCAUGCAGGCCAAUGCGGACGUCCGGACGUUCUUGGUGUGCGUGGGGCUGGGAUAUUAUGUCGAGUACACCAGGGACGAGACACUGGCUCAUGUCCGGGUCCGGACCAAAUUGCUCAAAGAGCGGGCGGACGAUCUCCGAGACAAGGGGGCCCGGGUCCGAGCUCAAAUCACCCUGGCCCUGCACUGCAUACAGGCAGAGCAAGGCUUAUAG